AUGAACGAUCCCUCCCGCGCCACCUCCUCCUCUGGCGGCGUGAUUCGCGCCAUCCUGCGCGGCGCGAACCACUUUGAGAUCCUCGACCUGCCCAAGCCUUACCCGGACCUGGUCGGCGAAGCGGCGUGGGACGCUGGCGCCGACGAUGUGAACCGUGCCUUCCGCAAGCGGUCGCUGCACUGCCACCCGGACAAAUCACGGCAUCCAGACGCACCACGCGCGUUCGAUCUGCUCAAAAAGGCAAAGGCGUGCCUCCUGAGCGACCUCGAGCGCGAAGCCUACAUCCGCGACCACGUCAAGAUGCAGCAGACGCUGUGGGAGGGCAGCUGGAAGUCGGACCGCGAGGCGGCCGAGGCGCGCGAGCGCAUCGCGAGCGCGCGAUGCAACGCGCAGGAGGAGCAGACCGCCUUGGUCGUCGACGCGAUGAAGCGCCGCCGGGACAAGGCGCAGUCUGCCGAGAGGAAGAAGCAGCGCUCGGCGCUGCGCGCGCAGGCCAGCUCCGCCAGAAGAGUCGCAGACGACGAGCCGGAGGAGGAGGAGGAGGGAGGGCCCGAGCCGCGUUCCAAGCCUGCGCCAGCGAGAAAGCAGCGCCCGAGAUUUUUUUGA